UGGGUUACAGGGCCAGCGGGUUGAGGCCGCCACCCUCACCCACCCGCCUCAGUGUAAACAAGACCUGUUGUGGAGGCGGCCCAGGACACCACACAGCUCCAUGUUAAUAUCCAUGCCAGUAGAUAUAAACAACCUUGCAGAUGGCUGGCUUGAACUCGAAAGUGAUCCAGGGUUGUUCACGCUGCUGCUGGAGGACAUGGGAGUGCGGGGAGUUCAGGUUGAGGAGAUAUACGACCUCCAGAAAUCUUUUGAAGGCAAAGUAUAUGGCUUCAUAUUUCUCUUCAGAUGGAUAGAAGAGAGAAGAUCCAGAAGAAAAGUCGUAGAGAAUCCAGACAAUUAUGUUCAAGAUGAAAAUGUUGUCAACAAUAUGUUUUUUGCCCAACAAAUGGUGCCCAACAGCUGUGCUACACAUUCUCUGGUGUCUGUUCUUCUCAAUUGCUCAACACUGGAUCUAGGGCCGACCCUUUCCCGCCUCAAAAUACACACAAUUGGAAUGAACCCAGAGAAUAAGGGUUGGGCGAUUGGUAAUACACCAGAGCUGGCAAACGCACACAACUCGCACGCAGCUCCUCAGGCUCGCCGGCGACCAGACAAAACUCCGGGAGUGCCCACCAGCAGUCGAAUGUCUAAUGCAGAAACUUUUCAUUUUGUAUCUUAUGUUCCUGUUAGUGGCCGACUCUUUGAACUAGAUGGCCUCAAGCCUUUUCCAAUUGAUCACGGUCCGUGGUCAGAGGGAGAAGACUGGACAGAAAAGUUUCGUCGUGUCAUAACUGAGAGGCUCGGUAUAGCAACAGGGGGAGAACCAUAUCACGACAUUCGGUUUAAUUUAAUGGCCGUAGUACCUGAUAAAAUAACAGCCUACAGAAGAAAACUUGUGGCAUUAAGAAGAAACAGAGAAACAAUUUUGGAGGCUCUUCAUCAGUUUGUUAGACAAAAAUACCCGCAGUACAUAGGAAAAGAGAAGCCGGCACCCAUCAACACAUCACGACCGGAAGAUGAUAUUGGUAAGAGAGGAAUGUAUGGAAUCUAACACAACAUUGCCAUUCCUUUAGUCACUUUUCAUAAACAUUUUUCUCCAUUUAUAGUAAGUAGAAUUUAUAAAACUUUCUUAUGACAUUAUUGCCUCCAUAUAUCUUUUCAUAUUGAAGUACAGUUUUGAGACCCAGUUGCAGAAAUGUUUGUUGUAUGUUAUGGUGAUUCAUCUGUAUCUGAGAUGUCACACAAAUCAUCUGCCUCUAUUGUACUGAUCUCCUCCAUCUUCAUGGUGUGGCUUGUAAUCACAAGCCAAGGUGUUUGGCCUGAAUUCUUUCCAAAACUCACCCUCUGGCAUAGAAUUGGGGGUGGCUUAUGUUUGUUAAAAUACAGUAUUCAUGAAUUGGUGAAUUUAUCCACGUCCUAAUUCACAGCUCAUCAACUUACAGUACAGGGGGCCCCCAACUUAGGAAUAGGUUCCGUUCCUGAGGAUGUUCAUAAGUCGGGGAUCCCCUGUAUUAAUGAAUUAGCCAGCUCAUCACCCUGCUCCCACAACACUACCCACCCACUAUACCACCUCUCCACCAUUAAUGAAUUAGCCAGCUCAUCACCCUGCUCCCACAACACUACCCACCCACUAUACCACCUCUCCACCAUUAAUGAAUUAGCCAGCUCAUCACCCUGCUCCCACAACACUACCCACCCACUCUACCACCUCUCCACCAUUAAUGAAUUAGCCAGCUCAUCACCCUGCUCCCACAACACUACCCACCCACUCUACCACCUCUCCACCAUUAAUGAAUUAGCCAGCUCAUCACCCUGCUCCCACAACACUACCCACCCACUAUACCACCUCUCCACCAUUAAUGAAUUAGCCAGCUCAUCACCCUGCUCCCACAACACUACCCAUCCACUAUACCACCUCUCCACCAUUAAUGAAUUAGCCAGCUCAUCACCCUGCUCCCACAACACUACCCACCCACUCUACCACCUCUCCACCAUUAAUGAAUUAGCCAGCUCAUCACCCUGCUCCCACAACACUACCCACCCACUCUACCACCUCUCCACCAUUAAUGAAUUAGCCAGCUCAUCACCCUGCUCCCACAACACUACCCACCCACUAUACCACCUCUCCACCAACUUGGAUGCACUCUGUGUUUCCUUCUCACUGAAGUUCUCAAACCACAAAUACAUCGUGGCUCACCUUGGCUUGCUGUCAUGAAGUUUGGAAUUCCUUUGCUUAUUUCUCUCCCUUAAUCAUACCCUCUAAGUGUAAAAUGCCUGGUGGGGAAGGUGUGUGUGAUGGAAAGAGGCAAAACAGGUGAUGAAUUUGAAUGAAAAAAUUAAUGUAGUUGGAAAGGCUGGCUACAGGUGUGAGUAAGUCUCCAGUGGACAGGCAUUUUGUUGUGUAAAAGUCCAUUAUCUAGAAGAGUGUCAUGGCAACUGUUUCCAUAACUGGCAAAGUUAUUACAGUCUUCCAGAACUUUUCUGUCUAAAAAGGAAAGGUCAUCUCCUAGCUUCAAGGAAACUAAGGACAAUUUAUUCCUUCUUUUCUGUGCCAAUGCCAAAGGAGACUGUGUGGUCAAGCACAUGCUUACUUGCUUCCCUACAGAACACUGUACAGGUACCAUUAUUCACCAACCUUGCAUCUUUCUAUCACUCUUCCUCUCACCUCUCUUACUAUGAUACUGUACAGUACUGGAGUUUAAAGUCAUAAUAUUUGG